AUGAGGAAAUGGGGACUUCAUUCCUACAACCACAAGGAAGUAAAUUCUGCUAACAACCUGAAUGAACUUGGAAGAGAAUCCCAAGCUCCAGAUGAGAGUGCUGACAUCUUGAUCGCAGCCUUGAUAUUAGAGAAUAUAAAAUAUGCUUCAUCAGAGAAGGAAAUGAAUGCUUAUUAUUGUGCCAUUGACAAGCUGAGAACCUUGGGGUCAGAGCACUCAAGAACAUCUACCUGUCACGUACUAAUGAAAAUCCAAAGGAUUUUGUACAAGUAUCAAAUGAAAGAGCCCGUUACCAAGGCGGAUAUGUUGAGAAAUGUAAUACAGAUGUACAAGAAUCCCUUCUAUAAGAUGCUCAGGAAAGCCUCUGAGCAUUUGGAGCUGGUCUUUGGCCUUGACGUGAAGGAAGUGGAUCCCAACAGGAAUACUUAUGUCCUUGUCAAUAAACUGGAACUAAGCUAUGAUGCAAAGCCGAGUGAUGACAGAGAGGUUCCCAAGACUGGUGUGCUGAUGACUGUUCUGGGUGUGAUCUUCACGAAGGGCAACUGCGCCACUGAGGAGCAAGUCUGGGAAUUGCUGAAUAUAAUGGGGUUGUAUGCUGGGAGGAAUAACUUCAUCAGUGGGGAGCCCAAGAAGCUCAUCGCCAAAGAUUUAGUGCAGGAAAGGUACCUGGAGUACUGCCAGGUGGCCAACAGUGAUCCUCCAUGCUAUGAGUUUCUGUGGGGCCCGAGAGCCCGCGCUGAAACCAGCAAGAUGAAAGUGCUGGAGGUUCUGGCCAAGAUCCAUGAUACGGUCCCCACUGCCUUCCCAUCCUGGUAUGAAGAGGCUUUGAGAGAUGAGGGAGAGAGAGCCCGAGCCAGGGCUGCAGCCAGGGCUGGCACUGCUGCCCUGGCCAGCGUGCGCUCCAGGGCCAUAGCCAGCAGCUUUUCGUGCCCUGAGUGA